AUGGAGAACAUGACAGAAGUGAAAGAGUUCAUCCUCCUGGGUCUGACCAAUGUCUGGGGACUUCAGCAUUUCUUCUUCAUUCUAUUUCUAAUGCUUUACCUUACUAGCUUGCUGGGGAAUGGUGCCAUCAUUGCUGUAACACUGGCUGAGCCUCGGCUUCACACCCCAAUGUAUUUCUUCCUGGGCAACCUCUCCUUGAUGGACAUUUUCUAUUCCACUGUCACAGUGCCCAAGAUGCUGGCUGGCCUCCUCCUGGGGCAACAGGCCAUCUCUUUCUCUGCCUGUCUCACCCAGCUCCACUUCUUCCACUUCCUUGGAAGCAGCGAGGUCAUCCUGCUGGCGGUCAUGGCCUAUGAUCGCUAUGUGGCCAUCUGCAACCCACUUCGCUACAUGGUAGUCAUGAAUCAACAGGUCUGCUUGCUGCUGGCAGCUGUCACCUGGGCCACAGGCUUUGUGCAUGCUCUCAUGCACGCAGUUAUGACCUCCCACCUACACUUCUGUGGCCCCAACUAUGUUCACCACUUCUUCUGUGACAUCAAGCCCUUGUUGCACCUAUCCUGCAGCAAUACUCAUCUCAACCUGAGCCUCCUUAAUAUCGUCACCACAUGCAUUGCUCUACUUCCUUUCAUUAUCACCCUCCUGUCUUAUGUCUACAUCAUCUCCUUCCUCUUCCUAAAGGUCCAGUUACAAGCAGGCAGGUGGAAAGCUUUCUCUACCUGUGCCUCCCACCUCACAGUGGUGGCCCUGCUGUAUGUACCUCUUUUCUUCAAUUACACCCCACCCUCUUCAGGCAGUACCUCAAAAAGAGAUAUGAUAGUCACCCUUAUGUACAGUGCUAUCACCCCAGCUCUCAAUCCCCUCAUCUACACACUGAGGAAUCAGGAGGUGAAGUGUGCCCUCAAAAAAGUGCUUGGGAGAAAACUUGUCUCUGGAAAAAAAUGA